AAACUGCCGACGUUCGUGAAAUUGGGACUAUCCUUCGCUUCCUUGGAUGUGUCCCGAGCGAACAGGAAAUCAACGAUAUCAUUUCGGCAACAGAAUUUGAGGAUUCCAACGGUACUGUGCAUCUUUCAAAGUUCAUGCCGCAUGUCGCAGGGCUUCUUGCCGAGCAUCGAAUGGAACCCGCACCGCCGGAAAAGCUCUUGGAAGCAUUUCGGGUGCUUGAUCCCGAGGAAAAAGGUUACGUUUCGAAGGAAGCGAUCAGUAAAUUGAUGAUGGAAGAAGGCGAACCCUUCACACAAGAAGAGCUCGAUGAAAUGUUAGCCACUGCUGUCGAUCAGGGAAGCGGCAAUAUCCCCUACGAGUACUAUUUGAAUCAACUAAUGGUUGAUACUGUCUAAGUGACGUACUUUACGUAUUUUUGUUGGCAUUUCCCGAAAUUUUUUGAUUGAUUAUUGCUCGCAAACUUUUUCGUCAUUGAUCAUCUGGAUUUUUCAUAAAUUUUUGCCACGAAAAAAAUGAUAAAUUCAAAAUUUUGCGGUUUUUUGUCUUAUCCGGACCGAUAUUCGUUAACAACUGAUCCCUGAUAGUAAAUAAAGUCACUACAACGAUGGACAACAUUCACUCACACACGCAGCGACGAGAAUUGGGAAUACAAAAAACAUCAACUUUUCGUACAAAUUCCAUUGAAAGACGAUCGCCUAUGUGCUGUACGGAGGAUCAACGACGUAGUAAAAUAAAUAAACAUACAUGCGAAAAGUGCUUA